AUGAGGUUCGUCAGUGAUCGGUUGAAGGCCAAGGCUCAAGCGGAAGAUUCUGCGGAGAAUCCUCGGCCGGGUGUGGUCAGGAGCACUGGAGCAACGGGAGAUGAGUUCUUCGAAGGUCUCGACUUGGCACUAGCGAGAGCACAGCUAUCUCAUUGUGACUGGAAUGUCGAUCCCGAGGAAGUCGUCGGUGAUAGUGCUACUAAACCCUUGCCUGAACGGCCUCCUCUGCCACUUAAUGGCGCUGCUCCCGAUGCCGUCUUGGCCGUCGCAGAGAAGGAGGCCAAGCGGGAGAAGGAUGCGCGUCUUGGUGGGUGGUUCGGCCUGCCGCGGCAACAACUGACGCCUCAGAUGAGGAAUGAGCUGAGGAUACUCAAGUUGAAGCCCUACAUGGACCCCAUGAAAUUCAUGGAAAGGCUUGAUAGCAAGAAGUUGCCUACCCACUUCCACAUUGGUGUUGAAGUCGGGGGAGGCAAGGUGAGGGCAAUAAGACUUCUUGAGGAUUCAACGGUCCAAGCAUGGACUCGCCGUCGUCUCAGCGAGGCUCAAACCCUGGCGAAAUUGAGGGCACCGUACAAGGUGAAGCGGAAGAGCAAGGCGGCUAAGAACAGCUGGAAGAAGAGAAAAUGA